CCCAAAGGGAACCUGAGCUCCAGCCAGCUAAAGCUAAGAAGCCCGGCAUCGCUCUCCACGCCUGGACUCUCGCGCCUGCGCACUGCAGCUUGUGUCCGUGCUUGUGGACUCAAUAAAGUUCGCGCGCGCCGGAAGCGGAAGCGGCGAGUCUCCAUGGCGGCGGCGGCGGCGGCGGCGGCGGCAGCAAGGCCAGUGUUUUGGAGGAGGCUGCUGGGCCUCCUGCCUGGCCGGCCCGGGCUGGCUGCACUGCUAGGGCGCUUGUCAGACCGCCUCGGUAGGAACCGGGACCGCCGGCGCAGGAGGUCACCAUGGCUGUUACUGGCUCCCCUGCUGUCCCCAGCGGUCCCCCAGGUCACCUCCCCACCUUGCUGCCUCUGUCCAGAGGGCGUGCACAGGUUCCAGUGGAUCAGAAAUCUGGUUCCGGAGUUCGGUGUCUCCAGCUCUCACGUCAGAGUGCUCUCCUCCCCGGUGGAGUUCUUUGAGCUCAUGAAGGGGCAGAUAAAAGUAGCCAAGAGGCGGGUCGUGAUGGCGUCUCUCUACCUGGGCGUAGGACCUUUGGAACAGGAGCUGGUGGAUUGUCUGGAGAGCACUCUAGAAAAGUCAUUACAAGCAAAAUUUCCUUCUGACCUUAAGGUCUCCAUUCUCCUGGACUUCACCAGGGGCUCAAGAGGCAGAAAGAACUCUCGCACGAUGCUGCUACCACUCCUGCAGAGGUUUCCGGAGCAGGUCCGCGUCUCCCUCUUUCACACUCCAAAUCUCCGCGGGCUUCUGCGACUUCUCAUUCCUGAGCGCUUCAAUGAGACCAUCGGCCUUCAGCACAUCAAAGUGUACCUCUUUGACAACAAUGUUAUCCUGAGCGGUGCAAACCUGAGCGACUCCUACUUCACCAACCGCCAGGACCGCUACGUGUUCUUGCAGGACUGUGCUGAGAUUGCUGACUUCUUUACAGAGCUGGUGGAUGCAGUGGGGGAUGUGUCCCUGCAGCUGCAAGGGGAUGACACUGUGCAGGUGGUGGACGGGAUGGUGCACCCUUACAAAGGUGACCGUGCUGCUUACUGCAAGGCGGCCAAUAAACGGGUUAUGGACGUGAUCCACUCAGCCAGGACCCGCCAGCAGAUGCUGCACACCCAGACCUUCCAUAGUGAUUCCUUGUUGACCCAGGAAGAGGCAGCAGCUGCUGGCGAUCGCAGGCCAGCGCCUGACACUUGGAUUUAUCCGCUGAUCCAAAUGAAGCCCUUCGAGAUCCAGAUCGAUGAGAUUGUCACUGAGACCCUGCUGACUGAGGCUGAGCGAGGUGCCAAGGUCUACCUCACCACUGGCUACUUCAACCUGACCCAGGCCUACAUGGACCUGGUCUUGGGCACACGAGCCGAGUACCAGAUCCUGCUGGCCUCCCCAGAGGUGAAUGGCUUCUUUGGGGCUAAGGGAGUCGCUGGCGCCAUCCCUGCGGCCUACGUCCACAUCGAGCGGCAGUUCUACAGCGAGGUGUGCAGCCUGGGGCAGCAGGAGCGGGUCCAGCUGCAGGAGUACUGGCGGAGGGGCUGGACAUUCCAUGCCAAAGGAGCAGGAGCAGCUCUAUUUGCGCUCAGGCACAGUGUCAUCUGCCACUUUCGAGCAGCCGAGCCGGCAGGUGAAGCUCUGGGCAGCAAGUGGUCCCCGAGUUGCUGGUGGAGCAGGACAGACUCACUGUGGCUUCCUUACUACCGAGGGCAGCGGAUGAAGGAGGGCAUCCAGGUGAGGACACCCAUCCCUGGUGGGUGGGGACGGCAUCACCUCCAGCACGGGUGCUAUGGCCCCAUCACCACCCUCAUGAAGGUGGCAGCAGCUAUGCCACAGGAAAGCUGGCCGACCCUCAGGGAGCCACCACAGGAGCGUGGCCUGGUUCCCCGCAGCCCUGCAACGAUGAGGUCGCUGCUCCCAGAAUUCACUGCACCUGCACCCGCAGGGCUGAGAAACUGCUUCCGCCCCACAGCGGCAUAGGGGAGUCACCCGGCCUUCCAGAAGCUGCAGUGCUGUGUGUGAGGGUGCUGGGUGUGGCCAGGCGCCCUACCUGGGUGAAGAGGUCCAGGGCCUUGUGCAGGUUGGCGUGCAUGCCUGUGGGCGGCUCGUUGGUGAUCUUGAUGGCAUUCUCCAGGAUGCCCUGCGGGAU